GCUGUCAGGCCGUGAAGCGAGGAACGCGCGCCAGAAAUUGAGACGAAGAAGAAGGACAAUGAUGGCGGCGACCGGUGUGACAGGGCCGCAGGGGGAGCCGUCUGUCGUCAACGGCAGCCUGGACACCGUCAUCGGGUCUGACCUGGACGGGGACCCGCUCUCGACGGCCAGGCUUCUGGCGACCAGGCCAGACGACAUCGUCAAGGCUUACCAGGACUACCUGAGCGUCGGCUGCAACGUGCUAACGACUUGUACGCUGCGAGCGAGCGUCCAGGCGCUGCAGGAGCACCUGUCCGUCAGCGUCUCCGAGGCCGAAGACCUCAUCGCCUCCAGCGUCAGACUGGCGCGUCGGAGCGCGCUCGACAUGCCCCGCACGCUUGGCGCCGAUGACCGAACGCAUAAAAAUAAAGCGCCGCCGCGCAUCUCCGAGUCCAGCGCUGGCAGCGCCUCGGCGGUGCGCGUCGCCGGCUCGGUGGGUCCGUACGGCGCGUACCUGUACGACGGCUCCGAGUACAACGGCAGCUACGCGGACCGGCUGUCGUGCGACGAGCUGCUCGACUGGCACCGGCCCCGCGUGCGGUGCCUGGUGCGCGCCGGCGGCUGCGACCUGCUCGCCUUCGAGACGGUGCCCGCGCUGCGCGAGGCGCUGGCCCUGGUCCGGCUGCUGCGCGAGUUCCCGGGGGCCAGGGCCUGGCUCAGCUUCAGCUGCCAGAACGAGCGGCUCACGGCCAAGGGCGAGAGCGUCGCCGGCGCGGUGCGCGCCUGCCUCGCCGAGGACUCGGCGGGGCAGCUCGAAGCCAUCGGCGUCAACUGCUGCCAGGCAUGCACGUCGACCUAUGCGCACAUGGUGGCACCACUGCUGUCGGGCGUCUGGAAGGCGGGAAGGCCACCGCUGGUCGCUCGGCCCGACGCCGAGUUCCACGAAGCGAGAGCGUUCGGCCAGCCGCCCAAGGACCGCAAGAAGCUGCAGUCGCAGGUGGUCGAGUGGUACGGAGCCGGCGUCCGGUUCUUCGGAGGCUGCUGCGGCACCGGCACCGACCACAUGGCCGCUGUCGUCGAAGCACUCGCCAUGGUCGCCGAAGGCGCGGCCAAGGAACUUCAUUAGGCGCCGCGCGUUUGUGGAUCGAGUUCUAAAAAUAUACGCGUUUUUAUGCUCUAGCGUACACACUUAAAGUGUGCUGCAACUGGUUACAGUGCUCUUUGCAGGCGAUUAUCUAGCCGUAUAUCGUAGUAUAGCGUAGCGCCCUAAAAGGCGUUCAAGACUGCCUUCUCAACAGGAUGUCGUGUGGGGAGAAGGUGGCUCCUUCUUUUGGCAGGUGUUGACCGUAUAUACGUGCAUGUAACGGGCAAUCACGCAAGUACAGUACGCGAAGGCUCUCGGGUAUAUGACUGCGAACCUCGAGAAUAUCGAAUUCGAAAGCGAUCCGGAAGUUUUCCGAGAGGCAAAGGUACUCGCAGACAAGUAGAAUGAUGCGGAAGGCCUCUGGAAGCGGGAUAAUUGACAGCGCACAUAAGCCGUACGAGAUUUUCUAUACGACACAUCGAAUUAAAAAUCCAGCUUAAUAGAAAUGUUAAACUUGGGGGCCUGUGAGAAUUCAAGAUUUUGAAAUGAAUAGAUCCCACUCCUAAUAAGACAGGCACCACUCCGUUGGCCGUGGGAAGCGCAACAGGAGCUGCAAGUGCAAGUUCCUAGAGUGGAAGAAAAAAAUAAAAGUAAACGGACUUAG